AUGCACAGCUCCCUGAUGACCACAGUGUCUGAGCUUGGCGAGACAGCAGGGUUUUCCGGUCACGCAGAAAGAAAUGGCCAGAUGGAAGCACGAGGAACAGUCAAAGGAAGAAACAAACAGUUGGAGUCACCUUCAGAGCAAAAACAGACAAAAGAAAGCACUGCUCUUUAUCCAGCAAUUUUUGCACUCCGUGUAAAAUGCCUGGCUACAGUAGAGGCACUCCACAGGGAGAGGAGGAAGAAGUUGCUGUCUGAACGACGGAAGAUUGUGGAUAGAAUAGAUGACAACAAAGAUGGCUAUCUCACAACAGAGGAAUUAAAAAACUGGAUUAAACGGGUACAGAAACGCUAUAUCUAUGAAAACGUGGCUAAAGUUUGGAAAGACUAUGAUCUAAACAAGGACAAUAAAAUUGCCUGGGAAGAAUACAAACAAGCCACAUACGGUUAUUAUCUAGAAAAUCCAGAAGAAUUCCAAGAUGCAACCGAUCAGCACAGUUUUAAAAAAAUGCUGCCCAGAGAUGAAAGACGGUUCAAAACUGCAGAUCUGGAUGGAGACUUAGCUGCCACUCGUGAAGAAUUCACUGCUUUCCUUCACCCAGAGGAGUUUGAGCAUAUGAAAGACAUCGUUGUCUUAGAAACCUUAGAAGACAUAGACAAAAACGAGGAUGGUUUUGUGGAUCAAGAUGAGUACAUUGCUGAUAUGUUUGCAAAUGAAGAGGGUGGACCAGAGCCUGACUGGGUGAUUACAGAGCGUGAACAGUUUUCAGAUUUUCGUGACCUCAACAAGGAUGGAAAGAUGGACAAAGAGGAGAUUCAGCACUGGAUUCUCCCACAAGACUAUGAUCACGCACUAGCUGAAGCCAGGCACUUGGUCUAUGAAUCGGAUGUAGACAAGGAUCAAAAGUUAACGAAAGAGGAGGUUCUAGACAACUGGAAUAUGUUUGUUGGAAGUCAAGCUACUAAUUAUGGGGAGGACCUCACAAGAAACCAUGACGAACUAUGAUACAGUGUACCAACCGUUAUGCCACAGACCUUUUCUCCACUUUACUGAAAUCACCGUGUCCAUCGUCUUUUUGGGGAAGAUGGACAAGAGACACACUCACAACCGAAUGACUUGCAUUAAUAUAUUUUUAACAUGCCAGCUUAUUACCUCAGAAACUGCGUAGAAAUAGCUUUUUACUCUUUUCACAUGGUUAAAUACAAUAUCUAAUUACUACAGUUUUAUUUUGGAAAACAUAAAAAUGUAACUUUUCUUAAUAGAUUAGAGCCUGACCUGGAAAAGGCACUUCUAAAACAUAAUUGCAAGGAUCUUUAGUAGUGAAAUAUUUUCUUCAAAUACCCAUUUUUACUAUAGUGAAAUGCAGCUAGGAUUAGAAAGAAACCUAAUUUUUAAACAGACUAAGUUAUUUAGUCAUCUUUUUUAAUAGCAUAUAACAAUUUAGAGUUAUACUUUUACCCUCCCAUCCAGAGAAAAGGUUUGAUACAACAAGAUCCACAACCUUUUUCUCCACACUGUUUUUCUCUCCCAGUUUGGGCCAGAGGUGCUGAGGAAGGUAUCCAGCAGCCCUCUGGCUCAUAGCUUUACAAGUGCAACAUGUACAACUGGCCCUUCUCUCUAACCCCCAUCACAGUGCAGAGACAGCACACGUGGCCCAACACCCUGUGCUGGCAUUCCUCAGCGAGGAUUGUAGAGUUCAUAGUGACAGCUGCUCCUUCUGACAACAGAAUAACGUACAAUUGUUUGUAGGCUGUUGGUUAUGCUGUUUCCUGGGAGGAAUUAUGCCACAUGGAGCAUAAUUUAUCUCAUGCUUUUCGCACUUUACCCAAGCCGUACUCUUGUUCACACAGUGUGAAUGGCAGCAGUUCUGUGAUGGAGAAAGAAUGAGACAUAUCACCCCUCUGGGCCUUCUGUCUUCUCUGCCGCAUAAGAGAACAGAUUUAUGUGGCUGAAGUUCUGGUUUUAUAUGUAUAUACGUGUAAGUACGUGUUACUGAAGCAACUACAUGAAGACGGCUUUCCUUCCAAAGAAAGGGGUAAGCUUUCCACACAGGUGCUUUCUUUUUUACUGUAUAAUGUGAGCUGUUACAUGUAUAUUUUUAUAUACCCAACUUACCUACGUUUUGUUGUUUUUAAAUGUACUGGUUUUAAAAUAAGCACAAUAAAACCAGUACUUCUUUUUGAUACUAUGAAGGUGCAAUAACACUAACACAGACUAGGAUAGAGAGGUGAUGUGAAAGCAAGAAGCAGCCCUUUAAAGCCCGUAGUUCCCAAAGCACUGGGUCAUUGGCAGCUCCUGCAACACUGGGUGGUCAUCUACGAACAGCAGCUGGACAUACGGCACCAACUGUUUCUUCUUCACCUCACUAAAAAAAAGAAAAAGCUAGAAAUAAGUCCAAUAGACAUAGUUGCUAUUGCUAUCACUAGAAUCUGUUCUGAACACUAAUACUAGGAGAUUAGGGCUCCACAGCAGUGUUCACUGGAGGUUCCUUGAAGGUUUGGUGUACAGCAUCACACACUGGUCAUCACACAACCAUCCAGAGAGAAGUUUUGAGACUCCCAGGAUGUGAUACACUUCAGCAAUUUAACAAAUCUGUGAAAAUGGUGAGACAAUGCAGAACUGUGACCUCCAUAAACAGUGUCAUUUUUAUGAGGUUAUAUAAGAACUGUGGUGAAAUAUUUUACAUCUUCCAAUUGAAGACAAUUAAAUCUAGAUAUCAGAGUCUGGCAGACAUUACCUGUUCUUGCUAGCACAAUUAUUAAGCUUUUGGUGUGCACUUCUUAUGACAUUGCCAGCAAUGUCUCUGAAAAGUCCCUACCUCUUCCACUAACGUACAGUAGGACAAAUGUCAUAAGACAUAAGCGAACCAUUUUUGCUCUUCCAGUACCCUCAAGUUAAAUAAAUGCCUAAAUGCAGUGUUAUCUGAGAAGCAAUAAAAUUGUAUCCUGGCACAUGUAAAAGAUUACCUGUUUUGUUUAU